AGUACAUAUUUAGGAUGGAGGGGAUGCUCUCGGGGCUGCGGCGCCGGGGGGUAGUGAAGGCGACUGACGUGGCUAGCGUGAGGAUGAGUCAGCUAUUCAGUGGCUCCGUGGAGGAGGACAAGGUGGCGUGGACUAUCCGGCAGGCUUAUAGGAAAGGUCCCCCUCCAUCCUUUGGGCAACUGAUUAGAGAGGUGCGAGAGGGAGAGAGAGCGUUGGGGCGGAAAAGGGACAUGGGCCUACGGGAGCGAUCCUCAGCGAUACAGGAAGUGGUGGCUGAGUGGAGGAAUGACAAACCCCCGGGGAGUAGGGAACCCCCUUUGGAGGGGAGGGACAGGGGAGGUACCUACUCUCAGGGGCGAUCAGUGCAGUGGAUUGGGAGCAGGAGCCGUCCUGGGAGAGGAGGGGCGGCAGGCAGCGUGUGCUUUAACUGUGGGAAAGAGGGGCAUUUCAGGCGGGACUGUGGAAGGCCGAGGGUGUGCUAUAGCUGUGGAGAGGAGGGACACUUUAGGUGGGAUUGUGAGAGACAAGGAGUCCCGCGGAGGACAAGCCCCCCUACGACUAAAAAAGGGAGAGGUGUCGGGAAACUUAGGAGAGGCUCAGUGAGGGAAUGGACUGGAGCCUCUGGAGGAACACGUUCCCAGAGAUCAGCCGGAAGACCACCGGGUGCCCACGCCUCUGUUCCGGAUGGGCUGGUAGGACCCCGUGCCAGUGUGGGUCUACGGAUAGAGGGAAUUUACGCAAAAGCCGUUCUUGAUAUGGGAUCACAGGUGACCUUAUUGUACCGGUCUUUCUACAAUCAAUAUCUAAAGCAUUUGCCUGUAACCCCAUUUGACGCCCUGCAGAUUUGGGGUGUGAGCGAGGGUGACUACCCGUACGAUGGGUACCUAUCGGUGAGAUUGGAGUUCUUGGAGGGCGAUGUGGGAGUGUCGGAAGCUAUUGAGACGUUGGUGUUGGUGUGUCCUGACCCAGUGGAAACCGGUGGUGCUGCCCUCCUGGUGGGGACUAACUCCCCAGUUGUGCGACGGCUCCUGGGAGCUUGUAAGGAGAAAGGGGGGGAAGACUUUCUGGAGACCCUCUCGGUGCAUCCAGUGUUUCGAGCAGUGUUUGCAGAAGGGGUUGCCUCCCAAGGGCUGGACCCGGAGUGUAAACGAGGGACGGUGUGGUGUAUGCAGGCGAGGCCCAAGGUGAUCCGACCCGGGGAGGUAGCCCUAGUGAUGGGGACCCCCAGAUUCCCAGGAGUGCCGACGGGAGAAGCCCUGUUAGUAGACUCCCCAGAUGAUCUUGAAGGGGAGACACGAUUUCCGGCGGGGGCGCUGGUGAGGCCCGAAGUGCAGAGACCAGGGGUGGUACAUGCGAGGCGUAUAGCUAUAAGUGUCAGGAACACCACGGCAAGAGAAAUCACCUUUAAGAGGGGAAUGCCGCUGGCACGUCUGUUCCCGGUGACGGUAAUGUCCAGCGCACCAGUGCGGACCCCUAACGGGGAGGGAUCGGACCAUCGAAGGGAGCUGACCGCUGAAGCCUUUAACUUCGGGGAUUCCCCUGUGUCGCCGGAGUGGAAACGCAGGCUAGUGGAGAAGAUGCUGAAGAUGGAAGCUGUUUUUUCUCGGGGCGAGUUUGAUGCUGGCUGCUCCAAAAGCACUCGCCACACCAUCCGGGUGACGGAGGACACCCCGUUCCGAGAGAGAUCCCGGCGGCUGGCUCCGGCAGAUGUUGAGGACGUGCGACAGCACUUGUGCAAUUUGAAGGAGGCCGGAAUCAUAGCUGAGUCUCAAAGUCCUUAUGCGUCCCCAAUAGUGGUGGCACGGAAGAAGAAUGGGCGAGUGCGCAUGUGUGUUGACUACAGGACGUUGAAUCGGCGAACUGUCCCUGAUCGAUAUACUGUCCCAAGAGUCGAGGAUGCGUUGGCCUGCCUGAGCGGUGCGAAAUGGUUCAGUGUGCUGGAUUUAAGAAGUGGGUAUUACCAGAUCCCGAUGAGUGCGGCCGAUAAAGAGAAGACCGCUUUUAUCUGCCCGCUGGGGUUCUUUCAGUUUGAACGAAUGCCCCAAGGCAUAUCCGGAGCCCCAGCCACCUUCCAGAGGCUCAUGGAGAGAACUGUGGGGGAUAUGAAUCUGUUGGAGGUGCUGGUGUACCUGGACGAUUUGAUAGUGUUUGGAUCGACUUUGGAGGAACAUGAGGAGAGGCUGUUGAAGGUGUUGGGCCGGCUUAAUGACGAAGGGUUGAAGCUUUCCCUGGACAAAUGCCAGUUCUGCAAGUCGUCGGUUAACUACAUUGGCCAUAUCAUUUCGCGAGAGGGAGUGGCUACUGAUCCAACCAAGAUAGAGGCUGUGACCACCUGGCCGAGACCCCAGAAAGUGGGUGCUCUGCGCUCAUUUUUGGGUUUCUGUGGGUAUUACCGGCGAUUUGUGAAAGGAUACGCCAAAGUGUGUCACCCGUUGACUCAGCUGUAGUGUGGCUAUCCCCCGGUGGGGAAGAAGAGGACGGGGAACCAGAGGCAGGAUGCUGAAGGAUACUGGAACCCGGCGGAACCUUUUGGCUCGAGAUGGGAUGAUCAAUGUGAAGAGGCGCUCCGAUCUUUGAAAAGGGCACUGACCCAGGCCCUGGUGUUGGCUUUUGCCGAUCCCCAGAAGCCAUAUGUGCUGCACACGGAUGCCAGCCGAGAGGGUCUCGGGGCUGUUCUGUACCAGGAGCAUGGCAAAGCAUUGAGACCGGUAGCCUUUGUCAGCCGAAGCUUGUCGCCAUCGGAGAGAAACUAUCCCACUCACAAGUUGGAGUUCCUGGCGCUGAAGUGGGCAGUGGUGGACAAGCUAGGCGAUUACCUGUACGGAGCCAAGUUUGAGGUGAGAACGGAUAACAAUCCUCUCACUUAUAUUUUGACUUCGGCGAAGCUGGAUGCCACAGGACAUCGGUGGCUGGCGGCAUUGUCGGUAUAUGAUUUCAGCCUGAGGUACCGCCCCGGAAGCAAGAAUAUCGAUGCGGAUGCAUUGUCUCGUCGGGAGCCGGGGGAGGAGGAGAGGGACGAGGAGUGGGAGAAUGUCCCUGCCCCUGGAGUGAAGGCGAUGUGUCAGUUUGUUAUCACCGUGAAGGCCAAGGGAAGAGGGAGGCUGGAACGAGCCGUGGACCAUUUGGGGGUUUUUGACGACGCCAUACCCCUAGUUUACUGUGACCUGACCGCACUGGGGACUAAACAGUUGCCGGAACU